AGCUCGCGAACUGUGUCGUGUAUACGUGGGUUCGGAAGUGCGUUGUCCGAGUGUGCUAGCUCCUUCUACAAAUUGAGUGAUACCUUGUCGUUAGAACAGUGCAAAGCAAAGUUCGAAGUAUCGAUAUAAUAUGAAAGCCGGAAGUCGACGUGCUUGAAGUAAAAUCUAUUUACGUUUUUGUUAAAGGUUGCUUGUUGUGCUGCUUAUAGCUUCUCAGAGCAUGGAGACUGUGCACCAAACAAAAGCAAAAGAGGUUCCCUCCUUGGUGUAGAGGCAACCAUGCCAGGAGUCAGGCACCCAUCACCGGAUGAGAGCUGGGAGGACGGUAGUUACAGAACUUCAUAUUCUUCUGAUCCAAGGAGCAUGUAUCACCACAGCAGCAUCCAUUCAAAUGGCUACUCUGGAGAUGGCCAACAAAGUGUGGUUGGAGAAGAUGCUCCAACCUACGUUAUGGAGCAUCUUGCCACAUUUUCUGUAUCAAAAGAGACAGGAAUUGUUUAUCCAGCAGAUGGUAUGAGAAGACUACUACAGUUAGAAAAGUCAAAUGGUAUUUGGUCACAAAAAAUGUCGUUGCGCUUGGACCGACAGGAAGUAUUGAUAAUGGACUAUGAAACAGGGGCUGUCAUGGAACGUUUCCCUGUUGCUCUGAUACAAGAACCUACGGCUUUCACUAGUCAUGACCCAAUGGAGAUUUACAACAACAUCCUGGUAUUUGUUGUUGGUGAUGAAAGACAUGAACGCGCUGGACAACGUUCAGAAAUGCACAUAUUUCAGUGCCAGACAGUGUCAGCCCAAGAACUAGUUGAGGAUUUGAAGAUGCUACGAGUUGGAAAAAUACCUCCUGGAAGGCAGUCUCGCCAUAUUCCACCACCACCAGCAACUCCCCCUCCAGAACCACCAAGUAACGGAAUAAGUGUAAGAGAACAGGUUUCAGUCUUCAAUGCUGCAGCUCAUCAAUCAGAAUCACGUGGUGUCCCACAUGCAGAAUUAGCAUCAGGGAUGUAUCCUCAACGUGAUGAUAUGCCGCUGAAUGAUGAUUCAAGUUCAACAUCAAGUGAAAAGUAUGAACGUGAUGUUACAAUACUUAAUCACUGUUUUGAUGAUAUUGAAAAAUUUAUUGCAAGGCUUCAACAUGCAGCUGCUGCCUCACGAGAACUGGAGCGCAGGCGCAGGACUCGCAAGUCAAAGAAGAAAGAUCUGGGUGAUGGUAUGCUGACAAUGAGGGCAAAGCCUCCACCAGAAGCAGAAUUUGUAGAUAUAUUUCAGAAAUUCAAGCUUUCCUUUAAUUUGUUGGCUAAACUGAAAACGCACAUACAUGACCCCAAUGCUCCAGAGCUAGUUCACUUUCUGUUCACUCCCUUGGCAUUAAUUGUGGAUGCAUCACAUGACACACAUUAUGGACCCAACUUACCAGCAAAGGUGGUGUCUCCCCUACUUACACAAGAAGCUGUUAAUCUUUUAAUGAACUGUGUUACAAGCAAGGAAACUGAACUGUGGCAUUCACUGGGAGAUGCCUGGCGUAUACCAAGUAAUCAGUGGAAGAGUUAUGUAGCACCAUACCAUCCUGUUUUCCUUGAUGGUUGGUCACCAGAGUAUCCUGUCACAGAUGAGCAUUCUGGUCCCCUCUCAUCUUCUGUAGAAGAAAAGAGGACACAUCCAGAAGACAUGAGGGCAGCAACCCAUGAGCCUGAUCUCCGUGACCAACAUUACCAUCACCGUGAACCUGAGCGUGAUGAUUCACACUAUAGCAGUGACUACUUUGACUAUGAGCAGCAGGAUGCUUCCCCUCCUGAUCCAAACAGAUACUACAGUUCUCGAACUGAUAGGUACAGUCGUGAUGAAAGGGAAAGAUCGCAGAGUCCAGGAGGUUCUGAUAGAGACUUCUCAGCAGUCCCAUCAAUGGGAGGAGUACCAAUGUCACCGAGAGAUAUAAGUUCACGAAGUGAUAUUUCAGCAGAUUCAAUUGAGAGAACUGGUGGUGGAAGAGAAAUUCACAGAGAUCAAGCUCGCUGGUUGGAGGAUCUUCGUAGUCGUGGAGCUAAGAUUGUCCAGGUUACAUAUCCCAGAACGGCCAAUAAUGACAAAGAGUUGACUGUAGUACGAGGAGAAUUUUUAGAGGUCAUUGAUGACACCAGAAAGUGGUGGAAGGCACGCAAUAUUAGAGGCCAAGUGGCUCAUGUUCCACAUACAAUAGUCACUCCAUAUCCACCAGGAGGUGUUGACUCGAGUGAUGUCUUCAGCAAUCCUCUGUAUGCUCCACCAAGGGGCUAUGACCGCCAUUAUGCAAGCCAGGAUUCGCCACGUGAUGGAGGGUCAGGUGAUGGAAGAAUGCCCACACGCUCACCACCAAUUCCACCUCCUGCCCCAGCUGACUGGGUUCGUAAAGAAAGACUUGGAAAGAAAGAAAUGACUUUCGACUCUGAACAGAGUUCUGAUGAUGGCAGCCUGCAGAGAAGUGUGAAUCAUUCUCCCCCUGCCCCACCACCCCCUCCUCUUCCGGUAUCCACACCAACUGACUCUGAACCUAAGUCCAUUUCACAUACACCCAGAACGAGUACUGUACUAUCACGAGCUCCAAGUAUGCAGGACAUAAUGCAAGAGGAGCUGAAGACAGUGUUGACAUUAUACCGAGGCAAAACAAGGAAGCUUGAUAUUGUGAAAACUCCUGAAGUUUACAUUGAUCAGAAAUCUACACCUGACGAAGUGCAGCAGUGGCUGCAGGAAAAAGGCUUUAGUGAGAAGAUCUGUAAGCAGCUUAAAGGUAUGACAGGGAAUGAACUGUUUGCACUUACUCGAACACAGCUUGAGACUUACUGUGGGAAGACUGAAGGUCAUCGUUUGGAUUCCCAAAUAACAAUACAGAGAAAUGUUUCUGGUUAUAAAACUGCUCGCUCAUCAGAACUGAGUGCAAUAUUAGCAAGAGCAAGAAGAAAGGCUGAGAUUGCUACUGAGAGCCAUAAUACACCAGACAAGGGAAAUUCACCACCGCCUCCUCCUAAUAAGCACACAGGAAAUCAGAAACCAUGGUCUGCAGAAGUUCAAAAUGCAAAUUUGUUCCCUGACAAUGAUGAUUCACAAGAUAAUGAUACUACUUCUGACUCUCACUUCAGUAACAUGCUGAAGCAGAGGCUACAAGAAAUGAAACAGAAAAAAUAACAGAAGAUUCAAAGCAUAACAUGAACACACAUAUUGAAAAUAAUGACAUGCAUUUAUGUGUCGUCAGUGGGAGUUAUCUUUGUUUCUUUAUUUUAUUUAAAAUGGUGUUCUCAUAACUACCAAAACAAAAAUUUCAACACUUUGUUCUGCUCAACCAAUGGUUUUAUCAGCCCUUUUGAAAUUAUUAUUAUUUUUUUCUGCUUGCUUUUUCAAGUCUUUGUAUAAAUUUCAGAACAAACAAUUUAUCCCUGCUUCACUGUAUAUAUAAAUUCCUAUUAGACAUGCAGAUGGCUUUAUAUUAUUAGACAUACAGAUGAUUUUAUGAUUCCCUUGUAUAUUUAAUUAUUAAUUUUACAAAGUUGUAACUCCAAGUUUCUGUAUGUAAAUAUAUAAAAAAUUAUUUUUAUGAUGAAAUACUGAAAUACAUUUUAUUCCCUUUUUUCUACUUAGUACAUGUUUGAAAAUGGUUUUAAAUUUGUGAUCAUCAGUUAUAGUUUUAAGCCCAUAAAUGUAUUUUCCUUUCAUUUCAAAUUAUAAGAUUUAAUUUUUAUGUCAGUUACAAAGAGAAAGGAAUAAGAGUGUAAAAAGCACAUACUUCCAUAAGAGAUAGUUUCAUCAUUUUAUUCUCUUGUUCUGUAUCAUGUUCUCUACGUAGUAAAAUGUUGUAUCUUAAACUA